AUGUUUACACGGCAUGUGCAAUCAGCGAUUGGAGGUGCCCGACCUUUGGGACAUGAUUUGACGAGGAUGUCGGAGGGAAUCAAGGCAAGUUUGAGGGCUUUUAGUAGUUCUAUUAGGAGGAGUGAGGAAGGGAAGGGUAAUGAUGAUAGUCAACCACGCUCCACUCGCGCAGAGCGCAGCUCCAUUGCCACAGCCGACAUUUCCUCACUCGCAUCACAAUCCCCCCGCGGGAUCGACGCUCGCUCACUAGCAGCACGCCCUCCUCCCGGUCAAACCUUUACCAUUAGCCGCCGUAUCGAUGAUAGUGGUACGCAAGUUCGAGCACCUGGUGCCCGUCACAGUCCCAAUUAUCGCGGACGAGGGGGUGCGCUCUCUGGAGGAGCUGGUACUGGAAGAGUAGGCAUGAGAAGUGGGACUGGUAGUGCAGGAGGAGCUUCUGCACGAGGAGGACGAGGGGGACGUGGAGGACGCGGAGGAAAAGCUCGUGUUCGUGCAGGACCUAAACCCGCAGAUGUGGAAUUGGAUGAAUAUGAUCCUCCAUAUACAGUUGAAGAGCAACAAUACCUGGAUAGUCAAGAGGGAGGAGAGUUCGUCUUUUAUAAUCCAGUCACCUCAAUGUCUGAUUUGGAGAGUUGGGGCCCGGCAAUUGCGACAAGUUCAAGUACAAAUGGAUUGAAGGAAUCGAUAAUUUACAAGAUGCAAGUUGUGAGCGGAACAUUGGCACAAAGAGAUGUACCGACGCCGCCGGAAAGACAUUUGGCGAAUAUGGAGAGGGGUAUGGGCACGGUAUUCGAGAGCAAAGAGGAGAAGGAGACACUAGAGAAAUGGAGGGAUGGAGAGGAGGCAUGGAGAAACGAGGUUAGGUGGAAGGUCCAUAAAGAUUAUAAGGUUGAGGGAUUGAAGGAGGAAGAGAAAGAGGCAAUUUUGAAGGAAAUGGUUGCCGGUGUGUACCCAAAACCAGGAGAUGUUGAGAAUAACAUUUUUGGCGAGAUUGAAAGGCUUUCGAGGAAGAACGAGACUUUCUUGCAAGAUGACUCGAGGUCACUUGCUGAGAAGCUACAAAGCAUGUUACCUGCUGAUGAGGUAGCCAAUAUUAAAAAGGCGAAGGGACCUACGAUAUAG